GCCGGGAACGGGAGUCCAGCCGGCCGCGGGGCGGGCACGCGCGGCGGCGGCGAUGCGGAGCCGGCCGGGCUCCUUCGUGGACCUGCGGCUGAAGCAGCGCGUGAAGCAGUACCUAUCAAGCAGCAAGUGCGGCGAUUAUGUGGACAUCGGGAUCCUGGCCUCUGAUCUGCAGAAAACCUACAGUACUGAAUAUGGACGAAGAAAACGAAAUGCUUUUAGAAUACAAGUUGCAAAAGUGUUUGGAAUAAUCAGCAAUGAAAAAAAAAAAGAAGAUUUAACAGCUUUAGAAGCUGAACAUUUGGCAAAAAGAGCAAGGCAUGAACACAAGAGAAAUGAGACUACAGGAAGUUCCACAGAGGACUCUGAAGAUGAUGAUUAUCCAGAAGAUUUAUCUACAAAUCAUAUGAACAGUUCCCUGAUGACCUUAUACAAGAAAGGAAAUCCUGAUUCUGUUCCAGCCACUCCAAAAAAUGAAUCAAUGGAAACCUCCACUCCUGUGCAAACAGCACCUCAAACAAGCACCCUUUCACCAGCAUCUCAGGUUGAAACACGCAUCUCUAAAGGUGGCUGGUUCAUCGAUAAGACUCCAAGUGGGAAAGAAUUUUUCAUUGAUCUUUCUGAAGAUGGAGAAGGAGAUGAGAAGAAAGUGAUUUCUGAGAAAUCAACAGAAUUUUCUGUCUUGGAAAGUGAAAAAAAGAAGACAAAGGGUAAAAGAGCAAAAAGGAAAAAAGAAGAAUUUCCAGAUGUAGAUAAAGAAAUUGAAUCCAUCUUACUUAAAGGGAAAGGUAAAAGUAAGGGACCAGAGCUUUACCACCCAUCAGUGAAGUUUGAGGAUGUUGGAGGCAACGAUGAAACUUUGAAGGAAAUAUGCAAAAUGCUGAUUCAUGUUCGUCAUCCUGAAGUCUAUCUCCACUUGGGUGUGGUUCCACCUCGUGGUUUUCUUCUACAUGGACCACCAGGAUGUGGAAAGACACUACUUGCACAGGCAAUUGCUGGAGAACUUGAGCUCCCAAUGCUGAAAGUGGCAGCAACAGAGAUGGUGUCUGGAGUGUCGGGAGAAUCUGAGCAGAAACUGAGAGAAUUAUUUGAUCAGGCCAUGCUCAAUGCACCAUGUGUCCUUUUCAUUGAUGAGAUUGAUGCAAUCACCCCAAAAAGAGAAGUUGCUUCAAAGGACAUGGAGCGGAGAAUUGUGGCCCAGCUCCUAACUUGUUUGGAUGACUUGAAUAACGUGGCUGCCACUGCCCAGGUUCUUGUUAUUGGAGCAACUAACAGACCUGACUCACUGGACCCUGCAUUGAGGCGAGCUGGGAGAUUCGAUAGAGAAAUUUGUUUAGGGAUACCUGAUGAAGCAGCAAGAGAAAAAAUUCUUCAGACACUGUGUCGAAAACUUAAGCUUCCUGAGUCCUUUGACUUUCUUCAUUUAGCACAUCUGACUCCAGGUUAUGUGGGUGCUGACCUGAUGGCACUUUGUCGUGAGGCAGCUAUGUGCACAGUGAACAGGGUCCUGAUAAAAUCUGAGAAGCAGCAAAGGAAAUAUGCACAGGCUGGAGAAAACACAGCUGAAGAAAGCGUGGGAAUAGAAACAGAGAGCCUGGUGAGAGAGAACACCAAACAGCUUCCUUCUAAGGAAGAAUUACAGAGCCUUUUAGAUUUGCUGAAGAAGCCAGACCCCUUGCCUGAGGAACAGCUGCAGAAGCUGUGCAUUGAGAUGAAUGAUUUUAUUGUUGCACUGUCAUCAGUGCAACCCUCUGCCAAGAGAGAAGGCUUUGUCACAAUUCCUGAUGUGACAUGGGCAGAUAUUGGAGCCCUGGAGGAUGUUCGGGAGGAGCUGACCAUGGCAAUAUUGGCACCUGUGCGGAACCCAGAGCAGUUUAAAGCUCUGGGCCUGACUACUCCAGCUGGUGUUCUGCUUGCAGGGCCUCCUGGGUGUGGCAAAACACUAUUGGCUAAGGCUGUGGCAAAUGAAUCUGGGCUGAACUUCAUAUCUGUGAAAGGUCCUGAACUGCUAAACAUGUAUGUUGGUGAAAGCGAACGUGCUGUACGUCAGGUAUUCCAGCGUGCCAGGAAUUCAGCUCCUUGUGUUAUAUUUUUUGAUGAAGUUGAUGCUUUGUGCCCUCGGAGGUCUGACCGUGAAUCAGGAGCCAGUGUUCGAGUAGUGAACCAGUUACUCACAGAGAUGGAUGGGCUGGAGAAUCGCCAGCAGGUUUUCAUUAUGGCUGCCACAAACAGGCCAGAUAUAAUUGACCCAGCUAUCCUGCGUCCUGGUAGACUGGAUAAAACACUCUAUGUGGGAUUGCCACCUCCUGAAGAUCGACUUGCUAUUUUAAAGACAAUCACCAAGGAUGGCACCCGGCCUCCACUAGGUACAGACGUAAACCUUGAAGAAAUUGCUUACAGUCAACAAUGUGAUUGUUAUACAGGUGCAGACCUUUCUGCUUUAGUGCGUGAGGCUUCAAUUUGUGCGCUGAGACAGGAAAUGGCCCUGCCGAAUACUGAAAGCAAGAAAGGAGAAAUCAAGAUUUCCCAUAAACACUUUGAAGAAGCUUUUAGAAAAGUGAAAUCUUCAGUAUCAAAAAAGGAUCAAAUAAUGUAUGAAGAACUGCGUCAAUCACUGUGCAGGUGAUACAUUCUCUCCUAGGAAAGACUUACUCUGCAGAGAAUUUUAUAACCCUGUGCCAGAUUUCAAGAUACAGGUUGGAAAGAAGCUGUACCCCAUCUCUCUGAACUUGUUGUCAUGCACCUGAAAAAAAGGUUAUUGUAAUCUACUGUUGUAAACAGUCCUUAAACUAUUUGUAGAAUAGAAGAUGCAAUAUACAUUUUCUACUCAUCACAUUUACAGUUUAAAAAUAAAUGCUUUUAGUGCUAAAGAUCUGAGUCCAUUCUGAUUAAGGACACCAAACAUUAAUGCAGAAAUCCCUCAGAAGCAGACAGGCUUCUUCCACAUUUCUACUAUUCAGAGGUAUCUUCAAAUAUUAAAACACUUAUGUUUUCAAGAACAAGGAUUCUGGAGGAAUUACAUGGAGAAGAGAGUUGUGAAAGGAGACUGGAGAUAUAGUGCAGUGUGUAACUCUAUUAAUCAUGCUGUUUGGAAAUAGUGAUACACUGAUUGUGCCAGCACAGCUACUCAGAGUUUGACAAUCUUUUUCCACCUUAUGAAAAUGAGCUAUCUAGAGAUAGCUUAAAAGUUACCCUGGAAAUCUUGGAAGUCUCAGAAAUGCUGUGAUGUUAUGAUUAAACUAUUUAAGAAGUACUUCAAAUUAAGUGUUAACAACUGUUAGAAUUGUUAAAAAACUCUGAAAAUUCUUACCAACUUGAAUUUCUUAAUUCAGCAUUCUGAUAUCCUCUAUAAAAUAUUACUGUUGUAAGAAACAGCCAAGGAAGAAACUCAAACUACAUUUUUUACUUUAAGUGAUUAUUAAUUCACAACUGAGAAACAGCCUUAAUCAGCAGAAACACACUUGAAAGAUCUCAUUCUUUUACACGAUGUAAAAGAACUCAUUUUGCUCAAUUUCAUUCUUCCAGCUACCUUAAAGUGCUGCUGGAAAUCCAGUUUGAUGGCAUUUUUCAGUAUGUUCUUGAUCAGAUACUUUCAUUUGUUCUCACAGCUGGGUCUUAAUACAAAGUUGUAUCUUUUGUAACAAGAAAAUUUCAUCUUGGAAAGAUGGCUAUAACAUUCAGCAUCAGUAGACUGGAAGUAUCUAAGUUAAAACACUGAAGUGUUACUGUUACUGGCAGGGCAACUAAUUUCUGACACCUACUUGCCUUCUGAUUUUUACUGCUGUCAUCAAUCUACAAAGUUCCUUAAGGAGGCAACGAAAGUACCCCAGUUGCUACCUAUAAUCAGUCUUACUCUUCCUAAAACAGUCCAACUAUCAGUCAAGCAUCAAAAAAGGAAGUGUUUCUACUAGCAAACUUCACAGAAAGUGUACAAUGAAAUCUGUGUUUAAAGAGCAUGUGCUGAAUCAAACAGCAAUUCUGAAGCUGCAAGCAGUUCUGCUUUUAAGAAUGAUAAUUCUAGCCAUCAUAUUUUUUUUUUUAAACUCACUGGUAACAUGUAUCAAUUUCUAACAAGAAAUAAACUACAUAAAAUUUAGAAGAAAAAUCUGUGAUGCAACUUCAGUGAUACAAUUCAGAAAUACCUGGUGUCCUUUCCUGGAAAAAGGUGUGGCAAACAAGCCACUCUUUCACAACUGAAAAUAACCAUGUGGAUGUUUUCCUUCAUAUAUCCAUAAAAGAAAAUACUGCUAUCAGACUUAAGUAUAGCUAUAGUUAACAAGCUUACAAAGGAGUCAAAUCCUGAAGCCCUGGCAUAUACGUUAAGAAUUCUCUCCUACUCUUCUCUUACCAUGAUACUAUUCCUAUGUGUAUACAUGAAACUACAUGAAACAAGAAAGCAGGGUAGAAAAAAGAUCAAGAAAUACUAAAUAGUAGUAAUAAUUCAUCUUGCUGAAGUAUGUGUAACGUUCAAGGUGUUUGAUGAUCAUUCCUCUUGAAGUGUGACAUUUGAAAAGUAAACUCAGUGCAGGAAGAUUUGAAAUUACCAGAAAAUUUGAAGUUGAAGUUGCUUACCAUGUCUGGGCUACCUGUUUGUCGAAGAACAGGAAAGCAUUCAGCUGUACUCUGCUUGACUGCUCCCACAAGAAAGUAGUAUAGCCACAGUGCUUUUUCUUGUGAGAAGUUCUGCCUAGGCUACAGCAUUCAUCACUGAAAAGCUGUUGAUAAGAGAAAAUGCAAGAUCGCUUGUGCCCAUACAUAAGAAAUAGACAUCACUUCAAGAACAAGCCUGUUCUUACUGCAGAGACCACUACUUUGUUCUGCAUAUGCAGCUGCUUGCUUAAUAGCAGAUGUAUCUAGAGGAAGUUUUCCCUCUAGUCAUCUUAUUUCUGUUGGGACAAGAUCAAGAAAAAGUUUAUCAUGCCAUUCUUCCCUCCCUUUUCCUGAGGCUAGCCACAUAUCUAAAUCACAAUGACUCUCUACCAGGGCAUAUUGUGUGGUAGCUUAAGCAUGCAUAGGGAGUGGAGAUGGUUCAGAGAAGUUUCAACACGAAAUUUGCUGGUGUAGGAUCAAUUGGAAAAUUUUGAACAUUUUUGUCCUUAAGAAGUCUUGUCUGUUACUGCAGGCUUGAUUGAAAUACAGGAUUCAUCAGAGAAUUGCAUGUGUACAGUUACAGAUUGCUAUAAAGGCAUAUCUACAUGGUAGAAAUACCCUGCUUUGUGCAAAGUACAAAAGAAUUUGGUUUUCCCCUAAGAAUUGAAACUCAAGUUACAAAAGAGUGCACUUCCCUAAAGCUGUGUCUUGAAUACCACGCAGUGCCCUUGCCUCCUAUCUGAAACCAACUUUUCUACUUGUCAUCCACCAAAACAGGUAUGGCAGCCUGCAGAUUCAUCCAUAGUACUGGCACUUUAAGCAAAGGAGAAGUGCCAGUGACCAAACAAGUCAAUAGCAUAAGGCCACCUUACUGAUUGUGGAACUUGGUUUUAUAUUGGAAAAUAGAUGAAAGUUCCGCUGCAGCUCUGCACUUCAUCUGGUGUGAGAACAAAGGACAAGGGGGUGGAGACACUGAGCUCAUUAUGUAACACUGCCUGCUAACCUAUUAAAGAUCAUUUCUCAGCAUUUAUAGAUUUUAAUUUAAAGCAUGUGUUGUGUACUUACAAGCUACAUUUAAAGCCUUAACAGAAAAGUUUUAAUAUAGAUACAGAACCAGAAACCAUAACUACUUUUUGACUGACAUAUGGCUCUAAGUAAAAAGUCUUGCUUGGAUCUGAAAGUAUGGAGUCAUGCAGACAGAAGGGUGCAGCUAUUUAACCUGGGAUAAUUUGGCUACUGUCCUGGAACAGACAGGUUCUACAGCAAAACUAGAAUGCCAAAGGCAAAAGGCAUUUUGAAAGAGGAAUAAAUCCACGCCUGUCCUGUGGGAAAACUGCCUUGGAUCAGACUCCAGGAUGCAUUACUUACUCCACUUAAGCAACUUCAAAUAAUCAGGGGCAGGGGAAGGAAGUGUGGAGAACCAUGAACAGCAAUUUACUCUGAAAACUUUGAGUUGCUCAGAAAGCCCUGAGGGGCAUUCAGAGCUCUGUGCUAUUUAACUGCAGCUACAAUACUUGGAUGACAUUUAACAGUUGACCCUUGGUCAGCUGUGUUUUGACAGUUAAACUCCAGGCUGAUUUCACAUAAAGGAAGAGUUUAACUGACAACCUAGUAAGAUGCUUUAGUUACACAGGACAGAAUAAACUCAAACAGCUCAUUAAUUCCAUCUGACUAGAAUUAAAAAUAACUGUCAAGGUCCUUAGUGCUUGUUAGGUUGAGUUCAUCUUCACUGGCUAGUUGAUACUGCCUCCAACUUUCAGGUUAUGCCUUCAACAAUUACACCAAGCUGUUUCUGCCAGAUAUAUUUUAAUAGCAUUAAUGAAGAUUAUUUAAUUCCUUAAACAAUGAGGACACUGUCCAUAUGAAUAAGAAGUUUGUUAAUGUUUGUUAAUGUUUCUUAUUUGUGUUGUACCUUUGGACUGAAAAAAUAAUAGUUAAGAAUAUAUAUACACUACAAAUUCAGUACUCCCAAAUGAUCUUAGUUUCUUCUCAGUUGUUCAGAAGGUUCUUAACUUUCUUUUUAAGAAUGAAGCUAUGCUGCAAUAUAGGUCAGCUCUGAGAUGACCUGCUUCUAGCACAACACCUGCUAAUGAAGUUAGAUGCAGAUAACUCUUAUGCAAUGCAGAGGUUAGAUACCUUAGAAGGGUAGUUACCCAUGCUGGCAAAAAAUCUAACGAGUUCAGAUCCAAACAUUAAGUCUUACUGGCUCAGAUUAACCUAGUACAAGCGUUCCUCAAAUCACAGCUAGAGGUUUCAGGAAGGUUAUGGCAAGCAUAGAUAACUUCCUCAGAUCUCUCCACCAUCCUGCACUUAAAGUGUUUAUAAUUAGACUUGAAAGUAGGCUACUAAGCCUAACAGAAGUUGUUCACCUCUGAUCUCAGUUUUCCUAGAUAAAUAAAGAUAAUCAAUUUAUCCAGUCUUUUAGCGAUAAAACAUUAUAGAGGGACUUCCCAUCCUUCAUUUUGCUAUGGUGAGCCAUCAACACUGAAGAUACUUCAUACCACUAUUCAAUUCCUCACUUGAGCAGACAUACAAGAAGGGGCUUAAAAAUAAACUGUUUUACAAUUUAACUCCAUUCAAAUCUUCCAAACUAAAUUUUCUACGGAGUAAAAAGAAUAGGCAGUAAUUCUCAACAGUUCAUUCCACAACACCACUCAGUAGGAAAGCCCUUCUUGCAGCAACCAUUUGAAUACUAGCUUGAUCUAGAUAUUCAGUGUUAGGGGAUCAGUUAAAAAUUCACCCAAUAUUACUUUAAUCUUUGCUUUUUAAUUACACAUAAAAAUACUGAAUAAGGUAUACUUGGACAUUACACUGUACCCUGAGCAAUAUGCUGGCUAACUAUUACAUCAUUCGCAUCACAAUGAGGUCAUGUUGUAAAAAGUUGGUUGGCACACCUUCAUACCACUUCUGUUACUUAAUCACAGAUAAGGGCCCAGGCUUCUAUAAAAAAAAAAAGCAAAGCUCUAUUAGAAAUACAACUGCAAUCAAGUGAGGGUUAAGAUGUAAGGAUGUAUGCUUCUCAGGUAAAAAAAAUGCAGGCAUUAAAGUCAUCCAAAAAUGAAAUUAUAGCAGACCAGCAUGGAGAGCAGCCUGAGCCUCCCACCUUUAUCAGAUUCCACCUUUUAAAUAAGAACACAUCAUAGAAUCAGCAUUUGAUAUUUGGGAGCAAUUUGUAUCCAUCUUCCACAUCUUAAGACCAUCAGCAAGGCAUUAAAUGAUACAGAAGAAAUACACUGUAUUGAGGUAUAUAAAGGUUCUUUAGAGCUCAGUAAAUCCAUUCUUUGUUCCCACUUUAAAUGCUUCAAGUAAUUCAAUAGCAUCACCUGUGCUCUCACCACAUUUUAUUAUGUAAUUAAGACCAGUGUUUAUGUAGGGAAGGUUUAAAAAAAAAUAGGAAGAACAUUUAGCAACAGCUUUCUGCACACAUAAAGGACUAA